GGUUUGGCAGGAAUAACAUCUCUGCGCGUCUAAUAGGAGAAAAGCACCUGUUAGUAUCUGUGAAAGUGUGGCAGCCACAGACCUGUUUUAAAAUAUGAAAUCUGCUGGGAAUAAUUCAUGCCACUGACCAGAAUCACCACAUAAAUUGAAGACAAAGGUCCAUUGCGGAAAUAUGGCUGCAGUAUUCAUUCUCACCCUCGCCUCUUUCCUUAUCUGCGCGCAGUGUUCUACAUAUCCAGCGAUGGAGAAUAGCGAGAUUGUCGCUAACUACUCCUAUGAGUCUCUGACUAGCAUACCUAAGGAUCUGCCCUUACAGACAACGGUACUAGAUCUAUCACACAAUAGCAUCCACACACUUGAAGCAGUAGACAUCAAGAAUUUGUUGGAACUCAAAAUCCUAUAUAUCUCUCAUAACCUUAUCACUGAGCUAAGUGCAGAUGUCUUUGAUUCCAACGAUCACCUGAAGUAUUUGGAUUUAUCCAACAACAUGCUUGAGAAUAUCUCAAGCACCUUUCCAGAUCACCUUCAUCAUUUGGACAUUUCAUCUAAUAAAUUUAAGACAUUGUCCGUUUGCAGAGGCCUCGGGAAUCUGCGGCAGCUGAAAUAUUUAGGCCUUAGCGCAGCUGAGAUUCUGCGAUCUGAUUUUGAAGCUAUUUCUCACUUACAACUACAGCAUGUGGUCAUUGACUUGUACCCCCUAUCGUAUUACGAAAAUACUAGCUUACUUAUGCUGAAUACAAACCACCUUCACCUCUCUUCACUGUCUGAUCAAAAGGACCUUUUCAGUGUACUUUUUGAUGCCGUCAACACAUCAGAAUUUUUGGAACUUUCAAAUUUUGGCCAAUGGCAAGCCGGAAAAGACCUAAACAAAUAUAUUUCCGAUGUAGCCAGGAACUCCCGAGUGACCCGUCUAACCAUGAAGAACCUUUCUCUACCAUGGAACAUAGUUGUCUUCGUUUUGCAGGAAAUGUGGCACUCAUCCGUUGAGAGUUUACAUCUAUAUGAUUUCAUAUUGGAAGGGUUGAUUUUCAAAGUUCCAUUUGAUUAUUCUAACACGUCAAUGAAAGAGCUUUUCAUGCAUAAUAUUACAAUCAAAACGUUUUUGUUUUCUCAAAUAAAUUUGUACAGACUCUUUUCCGAAAUGAACAUUCUGAACUUGACUAUACUUUCUGCCAAUUUGCUCUUCAUGCCUUGUCCUUUGAAUCCAAGCACUUUCCAGUACAUUGAUUUUUCCAAUAAUGUCCUCACAGAUGAUCUAUUUCAGAAUUGCCUGAUGCUGACUCAACUGAAAGUAUUGAAGUUGUCAGGAAAUAAGCUUCAAAAGUUAUCGAAAGUGAGCUCUAUGACGGAGAAAAUGGCCUCAUUGCAAUAUCUAGAUGUCAGCAGGAACCCGCUGGGUUACAGCCAGGAAGACUGCCACUGGUCACAGAGCAUACGAGAGCUGAAUCUGGCAGAUUGUUCUUUGUCUGACUCUGUUUUUCAAUGUUUGCCAAAAAAUAUUGAAACACUGAAUGUGCAAAAUAAUGAUAUCUCACAUGUUCCGUUGCAUAUAACACGUUUGGAGAAAUUAGAAUAUCUUAAUCUGGCAUAUAAUGCACUGUCUGAUUUGCCAGACUGGCCAUUGUUCCCUCGUCUUAUGAUGCUCAACGUGGAUCGCAACCAAAUUCCGUACCUCUCCACUGACUCUAUGGCAAAGUGCAAAAGUGUGGAACAUAUGAAUGUUGCUAAUAACCCAUUCCAUUGUUUUUGUGAAAUAAAUACACUCAUUAAUGAAGAAAGGCGAUCACCAGGAAAAAUGAUUGGUUGGCCGGAUGCCUAUGUUUGUGACCGGCCGGAUGAAUUGAAGGGGGUCAAUUUGAAGGAUUUCUACAUGCCAAUAAUAUACUGCAACAUUUUCAUACUUAUACCAGUUAUUAUUGUGCCAACACUCAUUGGCCUUGCUGUCAUUUUUGCCAUGUGUAAGUACUUUGAUGUACCAUGGUACAUAAAAAUGAUUGGACAGUGGACACGGACAAAGCACAGGACUAGGAGAACCAAGAGAGGUUAUCAGGAACUCCAGAAUGAUUUAGACUUUCAUGCCUUUGUCUCUUACAGUGAAUAUGAUGCAUCUUGGGUUAAAAAUAUAUUUUUGCCGAACAUGAAUGAUUCUCUGCGGAUCUGCCAGCAUGAGAGGAAUUUUGCUCCAGGAAAAAGCAUUGUUGAGAACAUUAUAAAUUGCAUUGAGAAGAGCUACAAGUCCAUUUUUGUCUUAUCCCCACACUUCGUCCAGAGCGAUUGGUGUCAUUAUGAACUCUAUUUUGCUCAUCACAGAAUGUACUCCGAGAACACAGACAACCUCAUCCUUAUUCUGCUUGAACCCAUUCCCCAGUACCUUAUUCCGUCAAAGUACUACAAAUUAAAAGCUCUCAUGGCACAAAGGACAUAUUUAGAAUGGCCAAAGGAAAAAAGCAAACAUGGUCUCUUUUGGGGAAAUCUAAGGGCAGCUAUUAGCAUCACUUUAUCAGAUCCAGAGCAAGACAGUAGCUGCUCUGUCCCCAGUGUGAGUGCGUAGGUAGAUCGCUUAGAUGGACACUUAAAGUUAGGCUUGCCAUAUUAAUCCUUUAAUCCAGGACAUUUAUGAUUUACACAGGUUCUGUGGCUGGCUAAAUUCAAGCCUGCAUUACACCCAGGGUCGGAUCUAGACUUUUCUUUUAGGGGGGGCGGUUUACGGUUUAAUCUUGACCCCUCCCCUCUCCAGUCCUGACUCCUCCCCCUCUCGUCUUGACUCCACCCCUCUCAUCUUGACUCCUCCCCUCUCCCGUAUUGACUCCUCCAUCACACAAAUAGGUAUAGUUGCAGGUAAAGGAUUUGUUAGUGGAUGUUAGGUAUAAUAAUCACUUCUACAACACAUCAAAGCAAAGUUCCCCAAUAUGACAUCUAUCCAAAUCCCUCCUUAUGUUCAUCAUAAUGUAUGACACGUCACGUACAGUUGUGAUACCUACAGUAUAAAAAGUUAUAA